UCGUCCACAUUGAGAAUCUCCAAACAACGAGGACAAUUGUCGCAACUACGCCGUACACCGUUACAGCGUCCGUGAACCUGUGCAAGUUUCCUUGAACACAAAUCUCACCUACUAAACCGUGGCCGCGCGAGUCUACCACCACCACCACCACCACCACCUCGCGCACCCCACCAAUCCCACAACACCCAUCCUCAACCACCACCACCAAAAACCUCCCCAUGGCGACAUCCUCCAACCCCCUCGGCCCCGGCCCACGCUACGGCCUAAACCGCACCGCACCACCCCAACAACCCACCCAACCGCAACCCACCUUCAGCAGCACACCCGCCUUCCCCCCCAACCCCAAAAAUGCCCAACGCCUCGAAUCCGAGCGCCUAGAACGCGAGCGCGCCGCGCGCGAAACCGCCCAACGCAUGGAAGCCUCCGGCGCAGCCUCCCUCGCCGAGCUCACAGAAGAACAACGAGAAGAAAUCGGCGAAGCCUUCAACCUCUUCGACCUCGACAAGGACGGCUACAUCGACUACCACGAGCUCAAAGUCGCUAUGAAAGCACUCGGAUUUGAUCUCCCAAAACAGGAGAUUCUGGGCAUUCUGCAACAGUAUGGGACAGCCGGGGGUCAACAGGGUGGGAAGCAGAGUUCGAGACAACAACAGCAACAGCAGCAGUAUGCGGCGCCGGGCAGACAGUUGUUGAGCUUUCAGGCUUUUCAGACGCUCAUGGCGCAGAGGAUUCUGAGUCGUGAUCCCAGGGAUGAGAUUCUUAGGGCUUUUGAACUAUUUGAUGAAGGCGGGAAGGGGACGAUUACUCUGCAGGAUCUUACUCGUGUUGCGAGGGAGUUGGGCGAGGCGCUGUCGCAUGAUGAGUUGGUGGCUAUGAUUGAGGAAUUUGAUAUGGACAACGAUAACGCGAUUUCGAGGGAGGAGUUUAUCCAGAUCUGCAUGGGGACUUGAGAAGGAAGCCCAAGAGAAAUACUGUUACUUUAGUUUGCAAGGCGUUCCCGGCGUUGCUAUCAUGGCUGCGAGAAAGGAUGUCAUGCGAGUCAAUUUCAAUCUUGCUU